CAUUCCUCCACAGUAUUUUUAAGUAAAAGGAAAUGUUUAUUAUUACUAUGCAAAGAUUCAUCAGUUUACCUUACAAUAGAAAGCAUAACUGAAUCAAGAGAAAGCAUAAAUGAAUCAAUAGAAAGCAUGAAUGAAUAUAACACCACCAGCAAUAAUAAGAGAUAGAAAAUACAGAUACAUCAUCAAAUGGGGGAAACACCAACACCUGAAUAUUUUAGCUGAGGGUGGGGGGUCCCAGGGCUCAACAUUCAAGGUCUCAUUUGGAAAAGCCCCAGGCAAAAGCAACCUUUUCCAUGGGUGAGGCUCCAAAGUCCACAUUCCAGAAGAAGGUUUUAUUGACCUCAAAACAAAGAUGGCAUUUUUCCAACUAUACUUUGCAUCACUAUGUCAAGGGUCCCAGUAACCUGGUCAAGAUCCCGAGCCCCCAGAAUCGGCCAGGCAAAACAUGUCUCAAAAUUUAAUCAACAGUCAUGAAGACGACACAUUUUGUGUGACAAGAGUUGAUCUCCCAGAAGUAUGUUUAUCUUCCAAACAGUCAGAAACCUUUGGAAGCUGCUGAGGACUCUGGCCAAAGUUCAAAGCAGCCCCAGUAUCUGCUGGUAAAUGUGAGGCCUAUGAUAUACAACAGGGAAGAUUUACUAAAAUUUUACUUUAAUGCUUAAGGAAGAGAGAGAAAGGAGUGGCCCAAGCUCUCAUCUCAGGAGAGGGAGUAAGCAGCACUUCCAUUAGGCUGCUAGGGAGAAGAGUGGGGAGGUACAGUGGAGAAGGGUAAAGGAGCACCUCUGCCAGAGUCCCUCUGGUUUUCUAGUAACUAAUUCUGGAUGGCAACACACCCAUGCCCCACAGAGAAGUCUCUGUUUGCCAUCUUUGCCAUGUGUGCCAUAGGCUUGCCAUCACAGCUCUAACGUCUUUUUCAAAUCUAUCACUUUCAAAUGGUUUCCCUCUAGUGUGAGUUUGCUGGUGGGUAAUAAGAUUUUCCUUAGGACUAAAUGUUUUACCACGUUCAUUACAUUCAAAUGGACUGAAUUUUCUGAUGGAGAAUAAAUGUUCUCAUGUGGCUAAAGGUUUUCUUAUAUUCAUUAUAUUCUAUGAUUUCUCUCCAGUAUGAAUUCUCUUAUGGUUAAAAAGAUUUGUCUUACAACUAAAAGUUUUCCACAUUUAUUGCACUCAAAUGGUUUCUUCCCACUAUGAGUACUAUGGUGAAUAAUAUGAUGUCCCUUUUGAUGAAAAGCUUUCCCACAUUCAUUACAUUCAAAUGAUUACUCUGCAGUAUGAAUACUUAAAGGAUAUCAAGAAUUGCCUUCCAGCUAAAGGCUUUCCUGUAUUUAUGACCCUGAUUUCUCUUCAGUGUGAGUUCUCUGAUGUUUUAAAAGGUGUUGUCUUACACUGAAAGUUUUUCCAUAUUUGUUACAUUCAAAUAGUUUCUCUCCAGUAUGAGUACUCUGAUGAAUAGUAAGAUGUCCCUUUUGAUUAAAAGCUUUCCCACAUUCAUUACAUUCAAAUGGUUUCUCUCCAGUAUGAGUCAUUUGAUGCCUGACAAGUAAUUUUUUACCCUGAAAAUUUUCCCACAUUCUUUACAUUGAAAUGGUUUCUCUCCAGUGUGAGUUCCCUGAUGGCAAAUAAGAUGAUCUUUCCUGUUAAAAGGUUUCCCACAUUCAUUUCAUUCAAUUGGCAUCUUUCUAGUAUGAGUUCUCUGAUGAGUAACAAGACUACUCCUUUGGGUAAAGGCUUUCCCACAUUCAUUACAUUCACAUUGUUUCUUCUCAGUAUGAGUUCUCUGAUGGGUAAUGAGGAGUUCCUUUGAAAAGAAAGAUUUCCCCCGCUGACUACACAGAAAGUGUUUUGGUCCAGCAUGAAUUCUCUGAUGAAUAAGAACUGUUCCAUCAUUAGUACAUACAAAAAGUUUUCCUCUAAUAUUAAUUCUUUUAUGUGUAAGAAAGUGUCUCCUUUCACUAAAACCUUUCCUCCAUUUAUUAUAGGCAUGGUCUUUAUUUUGAAUAUCAACUCUCUUGUGUUUGGGUGAGCUUUUCUGGUAGAUGAAGGCUUUCUCACAACAAUUAUAUAUAUAGUGCUUAUCUUCUUUCUGAAUUUUCCAAUCUGCAUUAAAAAUUAAUUUGCUGUCAAUGACUUUUCUGUAUUCUGUAGUUUUAUUCCAGCAUGCAUCCCUUUCAAGUUAAUUAUAUCUGAGGGGUAUCUGAAAGGUUUCUUCCAUGUACAAGUUCCUCCUUGAGAACAUAUCACAUAUGUAAGUAAGAUCCCUGAAGCUCUUUCCAAGCCUCUUUUAUUUAGAGAAACUUUUCUCCAAAGCUCUUCUCCAUGGAGCAGUCAGAGCUGACUUCAGCCUGAAAUGUCUCUCGAAUGUAUUACACUGAAGUACACACACUUUAUUCAAACUUACUCCAGGACCCUGUUGUUACUUUUCUAGAUUUCCCCUUCUGGUUGUCCUUCUGUUACUCUAACUUAUUAUCACAGAUCCCAACUUCUCUCAUCUUAGAAUGCCAAAUCGUAUUUUUUCUCAAUUUUUGAUGAGAUAAUGGGUCCAAACAGAUGGUUUGUUUCGGACUUGAAUCCUUUUCACUCCUUUUCCCUUUGAUAACAGAAUAUAAAACACAUAAAAUAAUUUAAGUCCUUAUUUGUUAUUCUGAAAGGAAAGAAUCUCAGUUAGAGCCUGUUUUAAAUUCCUUCUCUUUCCUCAAGAAGACAUACUUAUUCCUGUAUGAGACUUUAUAAUGAGACUUAUGAUACUAUAGUAACUUACAAAAAGGAAGAAAAAUCAAAACAGACCCUCUCUCUCAAGGAGAUAAAAUUCUAAUGAAGGAGAACACACACAUAUAUAUAAACAAAAUUAAUAUAGACUAGAUAAAAGGUAGCUAGUGUCUGAGUCUCAGGCAAGAAUGGAUCACAAAGUAAUUCUGACUCCAGGGCUAGCACUAGCAAACCAACUAGAUAGAUGACCAUCAGACCAUCAGACCAUCAAUAGCUAUUAAAUCAAUGGCAAAAUAUGAUUUUGAUAAUGACAAUUCUCAAAAAGCAUGGAAAGAAUUCUAUGAAGUAACAGAAAGGGAAGGCAACAGUGCUACAAAAACUCAAAAUCUUGACAAGUAUAGAAUGAUAAUCAGCCAGCUGUGGCAAUUGUAGCUAGUAAGCUGUCUCCUUUCUUGGAAAACUGUCAGUGUAGAACUCUCUGCAGAUACUGCCAGGGACUCUAUGAGCACCUUGUAGAAGUCUUUUUAUCAUCUUUUAAAACUCUAUAGUUUCUCUUCUAUGUUACCAGAGAUGGCUCCAUCAUGCAGGUUAAGGGGUAAGAGCACAUUUUCACAUGAAAAUGAUAAAAAAACUGUAGAAUGAGGCACCAUUUUGUGAUGUGGCAAAUGUGUUCAUCUCACUUUAUUAGAUAACACAAUUCAUUAUAAUGCAAGUUAGGGUUUGGGGCAAGGGAAAAUGGGGAAGUAGGAAGUAAAGCUGGAAACACCCUCUCUAAAAGGUCAUGAGAGAGUAUCAAUAGAGGCCUCACAAGGAUACAUAUAGGGACGUUCAGACGGAACUCUGAGAUUAAAUGAAAUAACAACUCGGGGUUAAAAUGCUGAAAUAAUUCUGUAUUUUUACAAAGGAACUAAGAGGUUGUCCUGGAAAUUUGUAAUUAUGUCAACAAUCUUCUUGUGCUCCUGUACUUUAUAUUCAGAAAUAUUUAUGUUUAUCGAUGGUACUCAAGUUCAGAAAGCCAAAAAAAAUUUCAAAGAAGAUAAAAGCAAAAGAUAUCAUCUUCUCUUGAAAAAGGACAGCAAUUAGUGAUAUACACAAGAAAAAGUAUUCAAAUAAAACAAUAAUCACAAAAAUUAAAAAGAAAAAAUUUCAGAGAUCUAUUUCUGGGGGUGGAGUCAAGAUAGAUGAGUAAUCCAGAGCACUUCUGUACAACCAUGAGAAUCCUCCUCAAUCAAGAUGAAAAUAUGUGGAGAAAUCCAGAGUCCUAGCCCAGGGAAUUCUAGUCUGGGCUUGGGAUAGGCACAUAGUUCCCACUUUGGGGUGUGAAUAAGUAUCUAAGUACUAAGUAUUAAGUACUGAUCUUUUUGCUUAAAGCUCAGGCCAGAGCUCCAAGACAGGACAAUCAAGGGUGUGCCUGACUGGAUCAAGUACACAGUGAGACCAAAAACUUGAGACUAAGCCUAGGGCUAGAAUUUGAUCAGCCCUUGACCUGAUCAAGAUCAGAGUGAAAUCAAAGGCUAGCACCUAAAUCUGAGGCAAUUCUUUAAGCUACCAGCACCUCAAGGGUCAAUUGAAUAAGCAGGGGGAGGCUCUCAGAGAUCUCAGUGCUCAGACCAUCACAUCAUCCCCUCAAGCCUACCUCUAAUUAGAUAAGAAAAAAAGAACAAACAUCCAAAAGAGCAUUUAACUCUGAAGAAUUUUUAUGAAAACAAUGAGCAAGAUACAGACACAGAAGGGGACAAAGAAAGCAAAGGAAACAGAUGCAAAAUCCAAAAGAAAAAAAUGAAUUGGGACACAGACUCAGAAAAGACUUCAAAAACCAAUUAAGAGAGGCAGAGGAAAAGUGAUACAAAAAGAAACAGGCCAACAGAAAAUGGAGAACCAAAAAUGGACAGAGGAAAAUCAGGCCUUAAAAAUCAGAAUUGAAAAUCUUGAAACUAAUGAUUUCAUAAGAAACCACAAUAAAGCAGAAUCAACAUAAUGAAAAAAAGAGGAAAAAAUGAAAUAUCUUAUUGAAAAAACAACUGAUAUAGAGAAAAUAGAUCUAAGAGAGACAAUUUGAGAAUUAUUGGACUACCUGAAAGCCAUGAUCAAGAAAAAACCUAGGAUAUCACACCUCAAGAAAUUAUCAAAGAGAACUUCCAAGAGUUCCCUGAACAAGAAAAUAAAAUUGAAAUUGUAAGAAUUCACAGGUCACCUCCAGAUAUAAAUCCUCAAAUGACAACUUCCAGGAAUAUAAUAGUUAAAUUGCAGAACCAUUAGGAGAAACUUCUUCAAGCAACCAGAAAGAAAACAUUCAAAUACCAUGGACCUACAAUCAUAAUCACACAGGCCCUAGGGUCUUCUACAUUAAAGGAUCAAAGAGCCUGGAAUAUGAUAUUCAGGAAGGCAAAAGGCAAAAUAUUUGGGUUUACAACCCAGAGUCACCUGAGUAUAUUCUUUCAGGGGAAAAAAUGGACAUACAAUAAGUCAGAAGAUUUCCAUGUAUUUCUUAGGAAGGUUACAGUUAAAAGAGUGGUUGGUUAAACUGUGACCCCAGAAAUAUGUUUUCAAAUAAAAAAUAUAGUGGUCACCAUGGGAAAAUUCCCAAAUAUUAAAUAUACCCAAGUCAACUGAGUUUUAUGGAGAUUUUUAUUAAUACAAAUAAAGAAUUAAUGAGAGAGAGAGAGAGAGAGAGAGAGAGAGAGAGAGAGAGAGAGAGAGAGAGAGAGAGAGAAGAGGAAAUAAUGAGAAAAGGGGUAGGCCAGCCUAGUCUUAAGCCUUAAGAGAGAGAUCAGUCAGUCUUUAAUCCACUCACCACAAGAUUUGUCCCAAGCAAGAUUCUAAUGUUCAGAGAGACCCACCAGUUCAGCUCCUCAGCUCAACUCAGUUCAGCCAUCAAGCCCUCCAAUUCAGCUUUGGCAAGCUCUCUCUCCAGAGGCCAAAACGUCUUCCUUUUAAAGAAAAUUUUCUCCUAUGUCACCUACCCUACGUUCUCACAUCUACCAAUCACAGUAGAUGUUUUCACAGGACUGACCAUUCUUAAUUCGCAUCUGAGUAGACUAAACCUUUGAGUAAUUCACACCUGAGUAGACUAAAACCUCAAACCUCUUUUGUUAAGCUUGUCCCUUGCAAGUUUGCAAGUUGCCUGACCUUCAUAGGUACUUAGCACCUUUUUGUAUUAGAUCUAAAAAUAGACCCAGCUUAAGGUUUUUUAGCUUUACUUUAAGUAUGGGUUAAGUACUUUUCAUUGUUCAGUAAAGAGUUUACAACUUUAUCUUCCCCUAAAGUAUACUUAAGUAUGGGUGGAGUAGAGUUCUCACAUUCCUGAUCAAGUACCUUCAUUGUUUAAAAUGGCAAAUGGUCUUAACCAAAUCUUCUGAAGUAGAGUCUCAGAAUUUUUAAGAUUCACAGGAACAAGCCAGACCUAAACAAAAAAUUUGAAGUCUAAACAGGAGACACAAGAGAAGCCUAAAAAGGUAAAUAAGGAUUGAGAAAAUUUAAGGUAUUCAUCAAGGUCAAAAUCUUUAUGUUCACAUAAUUCUCAAAAAUUAAUCUUAGUAGAGAAAAUAGAAGGAAUUUAUACAGAAAGAGGGUGGGUAAGUAAGCUGACUAUGAUGAUAUGAUGUACAUGAUAAUAAAGGAUGAUAUAUGUAUGUAAAUGUGAUCAUACAAAAUGAUAUGUAUGUAAGAUAUGUAUGCAUAGGAAUGAUAUAUAAAAAAAUCAAGAGGUGAGAGGAUUGCACUGAAAGAAAAGGGAAGGGAGAGAUAGACUGCAGUAAAUUCUAUAACAUAAAGAGGUGUGAAAAAUUACUUCAGAGAGGGGAGCAUAAGGGUAAUGAGGGAUAAUGCUUAAACUUUACUCUCAUCAUAACUGGCUACAGAGGGGAAAAAGUAUACUCAGUGGGGUAUAGCAUUCUAUCACCAUAUAGAGAAGUAGAAGGAGAAUAAGACAAAAGAAAGACGACAUAAUGGAAGAGAGGGGUAGGUGUGUGUGGGUGACAAAAAGCAAAAUAUUGGUGAGGAAGAACAGAGUGAAAGACAAUGUAGCAGGAUCUAAAGGGUAUAAUAAGAUGGAUGGUAAUAGACAGUUAGUAAUCAGAAUUCUAAAUGUGAAAGAGAUGAACUCACCCACAAAACAGAAGAGAGCAGAGUGGAUUAAAAUGGAGAAUCCUGUUAUAUGUAGUCACAAGAAACAAAUUUGGUGGUUCCAGGCACUCCUCCAUUGCAAGUGGGUCAGGACCCUGCCUAGUCUUCCUCUGGCCCCACCCUUCCCCUCCCCUGAGUGCUGUGGGGGAAUGGGGGUUCUGCCACAUGAAGAGUGGCUACUGCCCACCAGCCAGCCUGCCUGCCCAGCUCCUCCCUGACCCAGCUGGAGCACCACAGGCCCCAGUCAUUUGGAGCACACUGUCCAAUGCUCACCACCCCACCUGAAGACAUGGGGCUCCUGGGCCCUGAUGAGCACUGAGUCUGUGGGCAGCUACAUGUGUCAGUGGUGACACAUGUGUCAUAGGUUUGCCAUCAUGGUAAUAUACAGUAAAACCAACCUUCUUUGUAAAGGACUUCUAACAUUGAUUUCAGUCAUAAGAUUUUUCUAUAGUGCAGAUUCUCUGAUGAAGUACAGAAAGACUGGAUCUCUGUCUAAAAGCCUUUUCACAGUGAUUACAUUCAAAAGGAUUCUCUCUCCCAUGGAUUCUCUGAUGGAUAUCAGUAUUCUUCUGAUAGCUGACAGAUUUUCCAUUCUGAUAACAUUCACAAAGUUUAGCUCCAGCUUGGAUUCUCUGACAUUGAUUAAAAUUCCUUGGCGACCUUAAAUUAAUAUAUAUCAGUCUUUAAAAAGUGAUUUCCUUGUCACAGAAGGUUAAGGAGGUUGGGGCUACCUCAGUGGAUUGAGAGCCAGGGCUAAAGACAGGAGGUCUUGGGUUCAACUCUGGUCUCAGACACUUUCCAGCUGUGUGACCCUGGGCAAGUCUCUUAACCCCCAUUGCCUGGCCCAUACCACUUUUCUUCCUUGGAGCCAAUACACAGUAUUGACUCCAAGACAGACGGUAAGGGUUUCAAAAAAAAGAAGAUUAAGGAGGGAUGUAAGUGUGACUCUGGGCAAAUCCCUUAGCCCUAAUUGUCAACACUACUCUUCUGCCUUAGAUCUCAUACUUAGAAUUGCUUCUAUGGUAAGUAUUUAUGUUAAAAAAAAAAAAAGAAUCAGUACUAAAGUACUAAUUAAUGGUUCCACGGUAGAAGAGCAGUAAGGACUAGGCAAUGAGGGUUUAGUGAUAUGCCCAGGGUCACCCAGUUAGGGAGUGUCUGAGGUCAGAUUGGAUCUGAGGACCUCUCCUGUCCAGGCCUGGCUCUCUAUCUCCUGAGCCACCUAGCUGCCCCCUCAGUAGUGAUUUUCAGAUAGAAAGUAAGGGUUUAAAAAGAGAGACAGACAGAGAGAGAGAGGAAGACAGACAGAGAGAGGGAGGCAGAGACAGAGAGACACAGAGAGGGAGGUAGAGACAGAGAGACACAGAGAGGGAGGCGGAGACAGGCAGACAGAGAGGGAGACAGAUAGAGGGGCGAUAAAGAGAGAGACAGAGACAGAGAGGCACAGAGAGAGGCAGAGUGAGAGACCUGAUUCAGACAGUUUUUCCUCAGCCAUAUCAUUCCCAAGUUUUCUCCCCAUGGAGAUACUCUGGUGCACAGUAAGCCUGGGCCUCCGGGUGAAUGUUUUACCACACUGAUUACAUUCCUAGGGUUUCCCUCCAGUGUGGAUUCUCUGCUGUACAUCACAGGCACCAUCACCAGUGGAUCUUUGCUUCUGAGUUUCUUCCCCAGAAAGGCUGAGCUCUGCAGUGAGAAAAUCUACAGACACGAAUGGGCUGAAUCAGUCAUUUCACAGCGCCAUUAGCUCCCCACUGCAGGAUGCCCUCAUGAGCAGAGUUUCACCCCAAUCCCAUGGAUCCUUGCCAACCUGGAGCCCAGGCAAGGCGAGCUUUCUCCAAUGCCAGCUCAGGGGGGGCCAAGCCUUGAGCUCCAAGCCUGAGCGGGGACGUGCUCUGUCCAGGUUACCAGGCACGUGGGCUCCCUGGCUUUCCUUUCACCCCGUCUGCAGUCUCCAUCCUCUCUACCGGGAUAUUAAGCCCUUUGGUGCUGACUGUUCUCCCGGAAGCAGGAUGUCAUUUCCUUGGGAUCACUUUCCAGGGGAUCUUUUCUGUGGAGUUAUCUGAGGGCACGUGACCAAUGACUGCACCCUUUUUGUACUGACCUGAACUGUAAAAUAUUUGCUUUUUGGAAGGGCCAUUUCUUAUUUCUUUUUUUAACAUUUAUAUUUCGGGGGGCUGCUGGGUGGCUGAGUGGGGAGUGCCAGGCCUGGAGCGGGGGAGGGGGGUCUUGGGCUCGAAUCUGGCCUCAGACCCUUCCUCUGUUGCAGCACAGUAGGUCCUCGGGGCUUCAGGACCAGAGUCCGUGGUGUCCAUCUUUAGUCAAAGGAGAGAAUAUGCGUGAGGCCGGAUGCCUGGGCCCAAGGGGGCCGGCAGGGAAGGGUCGUUGUCCGUGGGAGUCCGUGGAACUCCCUUGUGAUCGUGAUAUUGGGGGCUUCUGCCGCUCUGCCAGAGAGAUCGGACAGGAGCCGGGUCUACAGGGGUUAGAGCUGGUGAAGACCCGCAGGGCUGAAGAGGGGCCGGGACACGGAUCCGGUGCAACAAUCCAAUGGUCUCGGUGGCUGUCACUCCAUCCUUCCAGUUCAGACUCUCAGGCCAGAAUAUGGAGCACCAGCCUGAAGGCUCAGGGAUGUUUGUGGUCACCAAGCCGAACCUGCCCUUUUUCCAGAGGAGGAAACUGAGGCCUGAGGCCGAACAGGAUCUUGAUUGGGCCAGUCAGUUACAUCCCUCUUUAACCUUCUUAAUCAAAGCCAGAGAAUCUAAGCUAGAGAUAACUGGGACAGGACAAAGCCUUCGUUCCCCUGCCAAGAAGGAAGGGGAGGAGCGGAGUGGAAAGGCAACCCGGUGCCUGAAGGGGGCUGAAGGUGGGAGGGGAAAUGGAGGCGCGACUCAGACUAUGUAUCCCAGAAUGCCCGCUGAAGUCUGGUCACAGGGGCGGGGCUUUACGGGAUUGCUUCAUCUGGCUGUCCAUCUAGCCUGCUGUGGCCCUGCCCUGUUACGGAAGCUGGCAGAGUCACGUGAGCGAGAUUCCGGGAGGAGUGCACAUGCGUAUUCCUGCUCUGGGCUCUGACUGCUCCAUCCUAGGGAAGCUUGCGUGGUCCGUGGAAGAGGGAGGGCAGGAAUGCCCGCCGGUCUGUCAUUCGUUGGUUUCUCUCUCCAGACUCUUUUGCGGCAGAGAAGUGGCUGGCGGCAGCCUGCUGAGCGGCAUCUUGCUGAGCAGUUUGGCAUCUUGGAGUGGCAGCAGCUAUUGUCCGGUUUAGUGGCCUCAGCUUUAGUGCAAGGAGAAGGUGGUGCAGGAUUUUCCCCCCAAGGAAGGGAGUACAACGCAGGAGAGUAUCCCUGCUCUGCAACCUUUCAUCCAGCUCCAGGGCUGUAGUGAAGCAAGUCCUUCUCCCAGCUGGGCAGAAAGGACAUGAAUGAAGUCAGAGUAAUGAGAAAACAAAAAGGAUGGGCAAGCAUGGGAGAUGUGGUCCUGACACGUCAGGAGAAGGAUAUAGCUCUUCCCCAAGUCAGCAACAUAGAGGAGAAAGAAGGAGGGACUUCUGGAGUCCUGGAUGCCAGGUUUCAGGAAUCUUUGACAUUCAAGGAUGUAGCUGUGGAGUUCACCUGGGAAGAGUGGAGACACCUGGAUCCUGCACAGAGGGCCCUGCACACGAAUGUGAUGUUGGAGAACUAUGAGAACCUGGUCUCCAUAGGGAUUCCAGUUUCCAAACUAGAUUUGUUCUUCCUGUUGAAGAGAGAAGAUGUACAGAAUGAAGAGGGAGAAGCUGGGACAGGAGCUUGUAUAGAAGGAAAGAUCAGACUUGAAAUGAAAGAGAUGACUGCAGAGUUAAGCCUUUCUGGGGAAGAAACUCAGAAGCAAAGAUGCAUUGGUGAUGGUGCCUGUGAUUCCACUUGGAGAGAAAACUUGGAUGUACAUCAGAAAAUCCACACUGGAGGGAAACCUUACGAAUGUAAUCUGUGUGGAAAGGCUUUUAUACUGAGAGCCAGGCUUACUGUACAUCAGAGAAUCCACACUGGAGAGAAACCUUUUGAAUGUAAUCAAUGUGGAAAGACUUUUUCACAGAAGUCUCAUCUUACUGUACAUCAGAGAAUCCACACUGGAGAGAAACCUUUUGAAUGUAAUCAAUGUGGAAAGGCUUUCAGAGGUAGGAAUGGUCUCAUACUACAUCAGAGAAUCCAUACUGGACAGAAACCUUUUGAUUGUAAUCAAUGUGGAAAGGCUUUUUCACAGAAGUCUUCUCUUACUGUACAUCAGAGAAUCCACACUGGAGAGAAACCUUAUGAAUGUAAUCAGUGUGGAAAGGCUUUUACACAGAAGUCUACUCUUACUGUACAUCAGAGAAUCCAUACUGGAGAGAAAUCUUAUGAAUGUAAUCAGUGUGGAAAGGCAUUCAGAUUUAGAAAUAAUAUGGUUAAACAUCAGAGAUUCUGCAAUGUAGAGAAACCUUUUAAAUGUAAUCAGUGUGGAAAGGCUUUUUCACAGAAGUCUCAUCUUACUGUACAUCAGAGAAUCCACACUGGAGAGAAACCUCAUGAAUGUAAUCAGUGUAGAAAAGCAUUCAGAUGUAGAAAGAGGCUGGUUGCACAUCAGAGAAUCCACACUGGAGAGAAAGCUUAUGAGUGUAAUCAGUGUGGAAAAGCUUUUAUAUGGAGGAACAGGCUUAUUGUACAUCAGAGAAUGCACACUGGAGAGAAACCUUUUGAAUGUAAUCAGUGUGGAAAGGCUUUUACACACAAAUCUGGUCUUACUGUACAUCAGAGAAUCCACACUGGAGAGAAAGCUUUUGAAUGUAAUCAGUGUGGAAAGGCUUUUUCACAGAAGUCUCGUCUUACUGUACAUCAGAGCAUCCACACUGGAGAGAAACCUUAUGAAUGUAAUCAUUGUGGAAAGGCUUUUACAGAAAGGUCCAUGCUUACUGCACAUCAAAGAAUCCACACUGGAGAGAAAGCUUAUGAGUGUAAUCAGUGUGGAAAAGCUUUUAUAUGGAGGAACAGGCUUAUUGUACAUCAGAGAAUGCACACUGGAGAGAAACCUUUUGAAUGUAAUCACUGUGGAAAGGCUUUUACACACAAAUCUGGUCUUACUGUACAUCAGAGAAUCCACACUGGAGAGAAAGCUUUUGAAUGUAAUCAGUGUGGAAAGGCUUUUUCACAGAAGUCUCGUCUUACUGUACAUCAGAGCAUCCACACUGGAGAGAAACCUUAUGAAUGUAAUCAGUGUGGAAAGGCUUUUACAGAAAGGUCCAUGCUUACUGCACAUCAGAGAAUCCACACUGGAGAGAAAGCUUAUGAGUGUAAUCAGUGUGGAAAAGCUUUUAUAUGGAGGAACAGGCUUAUUGUACAUCAGAGAAUGCACACUGGAGAGAAACCUUUUGAAUGUAAUCAGUGUGGAAAGGCUUUUACACACAAAUCUGGUCUUACUGUACAUCAGAGAAUCCACACUGGAGAGAAACCUUUUGAAUGUAAUCAGUGUGGAAAGGCUUUUUCACAGAAGUCUCGUCUUACUGUACAUCAGAGCAUCCACACUGGAGAGAAACCUUUUGAAUGUAAUCAGUGUGGAAUGGCUUUUUCACAGAAGUCUCGUCUUACUGUACAUCAGAGUAUCCACACAGGAGAGAAACCUUAUGAAUGUAAUCAGUGUGGAAAGGCUUUUACAGAAAGGUCCAUGCUUACUGCACAUCAGAGAAUCCACACUGGAGAGAAAGCUUAUGAGUGUAAUCAGUGUGGAAAAGCUUUUAUAUGGAGGAACAAGCUUACUAUACAUCAGAGAAUCCACACUGGAGAGAAACCUUUUGAAUGUAAUCAGUGUGGAAAGGCUUUUACACACAAAUCUGGUCUUACUGUACAUCAGAGAAUCCACACUGGAGAGAAACCUUAUGAAUGUAAUCAAUGUGGAAAGGCUUUUUCACAGAAGUCUAGUCUUACUGUACAUCAGAGCAUUCACACUGGAGAGAAGCCUUUUGAAUGUAAUCAGUGUGGAAAAGCUUUUAUCCAGAAGGCUCAUCUUACUGUACAUCAGAAAAUCCACACUAGAGAGAAAUCUUAUACUGGCUUAGUAAAGUCCUCAGUCAAAAGUCAACACGUAUUUUCUCUCAACCACUGCCAAGUCAGUAAACAAUAGUCCUUGGCAGCAGCUGUGUGCACUCCAGCCAUACCUUUGGGAACUUUUGCUCUACUGAUGACCCUGGGGUCGCCUGCUAACUAAAGGAAGAUUGCAGGACCCUCCACUGGCCCUGGACGUGGGGCUUCAGCACAUUGAUCAGACAUGGUCCCAGGCUGUGCCUAAUGAUGGAGGAGUGCUCAAGUAAGAGCAAUGGUUUUGUCUCACUUGGAAGUAAUCCAAGGCUAAGAUUCGCAUAAUUCAAGCUGAAUCCCUUUCCUUUUCCCGAUGGAAUCAUGAGUAUGAUUACUACUUCAAUUUAGGAAGAUGAGAAAUAGAGACUGCUUGGUGUCUCAUGGCAGGAGACUUCAGGGGCCUAGAAAGGAGCCUCCAUGAUCUUCAGUGUUAGGUCUAGUCCUUUAAAUCAAGAAAAAGAGAGUCACAUACUGAAGCCAGAGCGUGCAUUGACUACUAGGAAAGACAUCAGAAUGCAGAAUGGAGAUUGAGAUUGGGCCAGGUGUCAGCCCUGGCCUAGUCUGUUAGUCAGUAAACGUUAAUGAAGCACCUACUAUGUUCUAGCCUCUGAGGACACAAAGGGAAACAAAAGACAGUCCCUGUUGUCAGAGCUCAGAAUCUAGUAUACAAACAUAGUGAUAGUUCAAGAAGAAGUAAAAGAUCAUGAACCUGACUGUUAAAUGAUCCAGGGAAAAGAAGGUGUUUUAUGAAUGGAAAUCCAUUUAGUUAAACAGGGAAAUAAGUGAAUAGAAAUAUGAGAACAAUUACAGUUUAAGAAGGGCAGAAUUGGGGAACAGAUAGUAAAAAUCAAAAUCAUAAGGAAAAAAGUAAUAUCUAGCAGUUAAAUAGCACCUACUGUGUGCAGUGCAUUUCAUCAAUAUUAGCUCUUUUGUGUAAUGGGGAAAAUUAAGGCUUCUGGGAGAAGGUUAUAAUAUAGUAAUGGUUACAAAUGUGGCUACAAGAUUUAUAUAAUAUUUAACAAUGGCCGCCAAGGAAUUUACUUAUGAAAUUCCUAAAAUGAAACACUCAAGUCAGAAUGAGGUUUAUGGAGGUUUAAUCACACUGGGAGUAGGGAAAAGGUUAGGGAGAGAAGGAGAGAAGAGAAAAGGGAAAGUGGCUACUCAACCUCUGACCAAGGCAGGGGGAGUUUUAGGCCCAAAGGCCCAGGUGGAAAGAAUCAGUCCUUAACUCACGUGACCGAUCUGAAGGAAAGCUGUCUGCGGGCGUCCUCUCUCUCCAAGCUCCUAACACCAACUCCCCUCUCGCUCUCUCCACAGGAAGUUCCGCGAAUCCCAGAGGCUGUUCCCUCCCUCUCUUCCUGUGUCUCACAAAUCCAAUGGUUGGUUCUAGCUUGGCUUAGGACAGCCCAGGUGGGCAGUUAGUUAUUUCUGAUUUGUCAUUGACUAGCGCAUGCCCGUGUAGGGUGGGUGUGCACAAUUUUUGGGUGCUAGACCAAGAUGGAGACUUUUAAAAUUCACAUUUGGUUCUCAUAAGAACCAUAAGGGUUAAGUGUAAUAAUUAUUCUCAUUUUACAAGUGAAGCAAAUGGAAUGAGCAGAGGACUUAUGACUUGCCUAGGGUCAUAGUACUAGCGAAUGUCUGGGAUUGGUAUGCUUCUAUCCAGUGUACCAAAAAAGUAAAAAUGCUCAUAUAUGAGUGAGGUUGAAAAUGAGAGAAGUUUACAAACUUUCUUGCUGAGGGAUGAACAUGCCUUUUUUUUGUUUGUUUUUAGCUCCUUAGCCAGUCAGCAAGAUGAAUGGCAAUUUAACAUUUAAAAUUCUUCUUACUUUCUCCCUUGUGCCACUUAACUGCGCAAUUGGAAUCGGUUGAUACGAGCAGUAGCCAUUGUUUCAGUACCAUGAAUGUAGCUGAAGCAAACACUAUGGAAGCAUUUAGAGUUUGAUCAGACAUCAACGACUCCAAGAUAAUUCACCGUAUCUGGGGGCAUUGCAAGUCAUCUUGUCUUUUGCAACAUGAGCAAUAUGGAAAUCAGUUUUAGAUGACUGCACGUAUAUAAUCUAUCUCAGAAUGCUUGCCAUCUCAAGGAGUCGGGUGAGAAAGUAGGAAUAGAGAGAAUUUGAAACUCCAAAUUAAAAAAAAAUGCUGGAUCACCAUAGCCAAGAUAGCAGACAGAAAUCAGGGAUUUACCUCAGGUUUCUCAAAUUCUCCUCGAUAUGACUUUAAUAUAAUGUCUCAAAACAUUCUGUAACAGAAGAACUCCAAAAAGGAUGAGGUUAAAGAAUUUUUCUGCCUAGAGACUUUAGAAGGUCAGCAGGAAAGGUCACUCCCACCAUGGUGAAAGUGGAGCAAAGUCUAGCACAGGCUAACAGAAUAAUAGCAAGGCCAUGCCUUACUCUGUUAGCAGCAAAGCCAUGUGCCCUGACCCAUCAGCAGCAGGCCCUUAAGGGAACUGAACUGGCAGCAAAAACUUGUGGAGCUCUUAGUCCACAGACAGGGCAGGGGGCAGUCAGACAACUUAACAGAAGAUCAGAGGUCCUUUUUGUAGCAUUGUGUGCAGGAGUCUGUUUUGUAGCUCAUAUGUGGAUUCUAGUUUCAGGCCUGGUGGCAGUCCCAAUGUAAGAACCUCCAUUAGUGACAAGCUCUAGAAGUAGUAGAAUUUGCACCCAUGAGGGAUUUGGGAUGUUGAUCACAGUUCCAAAAUGUAAAAUAAAAGGCUGGUUAUUCACAGUCCAGAGUAUAGGGCAAGAGAGUAGUGAACAUAUUUCUUUGUAUAUCACAUCACCUUGGAAGAAGUGAAAAUGUAUAGAAACACUCCACCGCAUUCCAGCACCACCUCUGAAAGCACUUACAUUUAAAAACAAAACACCAAGCUUCAAACAAUGCCUCAUCUACCCCAGGAGCAGACUUAAAAUUUAGCAUAAAAGUCAAGAAAUAAGCUACGGAAAUGAGCAAACAACUUUGAAAAAGCAUUUCACCAUAAAAAGUUACUGUGGUGACAAGAAGAUCAAAACAAACUGAAAAUGACAAAGCGUCAAUGAAAAAUGUGAAUUGAUUUCAGGAACAAAAAAAUCCUAGAAGAGCUCAAAAAAGUAUUUUAAAACUCAAAUAAGAGAAAUUAGAGGGAAAUUGAGAAAAUAAUUGAGUUGUAAAUAAAAUAAAUUUUUCAAAAUGGUCUGUAGUUUGGUAAAGUAGGCACCAAAAUACUGAAUAAAAAGAUGUUAAAAAACAAUAAACCAAGUGAUGAAAAGGGCACCAAAAUCCAUUGAGAAAAGGAACUUCUUUAAAAUCAAAAUUGGCCAAAUGAUAUAAUAUAUACAAAAAUAUAUUGAAGAGAACUUCUUAAAAAGUAGAACUAGCCAAAUGGAAGAGACUCUAAAUGAACACUGUAAUGAGAAUAUCAACAACAUAGAAAUGGGUUUGAAUCAAGGACACAUGUGAUCCCCAGUGGAAUCAUGCGUUGGCUGUGGGAGGAGGUGGGGAGGAAAAGAUAAUGAUAUUUGUUUCCAAGGAAUAAUGCUUGAAAAUGAACAAAUAAAAUAAUGUUUAAAAGUUAAAAAAAAAAAGUAGAGCUAGUCAAAUGGAAAGUGGAGCUACAAAAGUUAAAUGAAGAAAAUAAAUCCUUAGAAAUUAGAAUUGGGCAAGUGGAAGCUAAUGCCUCCAUGAGAUGUUAAGGAAAAAAAAAAUUUAAAUCAAAAGAAUAAAUUUUAAAAAAAAGUGAAAUAUCUCAUUGGAAAAAUAACUGACCUAGAAUCGAUGCAAGAGAGAUAAUUGAAUGACUGUACAAGCUAAAAGCUAAGAUUAAGAAAAAAAAAAAGCUAAAUUCCAGGGCUCUCAUAUUAAGCAGGAAAUACAGCAAACAAUCCCCUGAAUUGAAACAAAAUACAGAUAUUGUGUAGCCUCAGUCAUUAUACCACAAGUUUUAGCAGCUUUGAUAUUAAAUGAUUGGUGAAUUUGGAAUAUGAUAUUCCAGAGUGUAAAAGAACUAGGAUUACAAGCAAGUAUCAUCCACCCAGUAAAACUGAGUACAAACAUUCAUGAGGAAAAAAAAUGAAUGUUCAGUGAAAUAGAGGUCUCCUCAAGCACUCUUUGUCAAAGGGACAGAGCUGAAAAGAAAAUCUGAUUUUAAAAUAUAAAUAUCAAGAGAUGCAUAAAGGAAAAGAAAUCCUAGAUCAAUCAGUAAAUUUAAGCUGCUUAUGUUCCUACAUGAAAAGAUGAUAUUUAUAAUUCCUAGGAACCUUAUCAUUAGAAGGGCAUGGGUAUGAAUUUAUAAUGAGAUGAAUGCAUAAAAAAAUUAAGGGGUGAGAAGGAUGCAUUGGAAGGAGGAAGGGAGAAGUAGAAUGGGGUCCUUUAUCUCACAAAAAAAGUCAAAGAGCUUUUGAAGUGGAGGGUUAGAUGGAGUUGGGGAGAAGCACUUAAAUUUUAUUGAAAUUUGCUCAAAGGGCAAACAAUAUACACAAUUGAGUAUAGAAAUACACUUUGCCUUCUAAGAGAAUAGGGAAGGGAUAAGAAAAGAGAAUUGGUUAAUUGGAAGAGGCAGUAGUCAGAAGCAAAACACUUGAGAAUGAAAGAAAAGCAAGGGGAAAAUAGGAUGGAGGAAAAUACCCAGUUAAUCCUAAUGUCAAAAAAAUCAUAGGGGGCAGCUGGGUAGCUCAUUGGAUUGAGAGCUAGCCCUAGAGACGGGAGGUCCUUGUUUCAAAUCUGGCCUCAGACACUUCCCAGCUGUGUGACCCUGGGCAAGUCACUUGACCACCAUUGCCUAGCCCUUACCACUCUUCUGCCUUGGAGCCAAUACACAGUAUUGACUCCAAGAUGGAAGGUAAGGGUUUAAAAAAAAAAUCACAGCAAGUUUCUCUAAAUAUGAAGAAUAUAUAUGUAUAUUUAAGGAAAUGAAAGUUAAAAUACCUCAGGUACUUACGUUACACCUAUGUGAUUGGCUAAUAGAGAAAAGAAAAAUGACAAAUUGGGGAAAUGGGGGGAAAUUGAGAUGCUUAUGUAUUGUUGGUGGAAGUGAACUGAUUGAAACAUUCCGAAGAACAAUUUAGAAGCUUGCUCAAAAGGUUCUAAAACUGCAAUAUCACGACCAGGUCUGUAUCCCAAAGAUAUCUUUUUUGGGGAAAAAAAGGCCUAUUUGUACAAAACUUUCUAGCAGUUCAUUUUGUGAUGGUAAAGAAUUGGAAAUUGAGGGGAUUCCCAUUAAUUGAGGAAUAAAUGAAGUUUUGGUAUAAUGAUUAUGACAAUACUAUUCUGCUAUAAGAAAUGAUGAGGAUAAUUUCAGAAAAAAAAAACCUGAAAAGCCUUUCAUUAUCUGAUUCAAAGUAAAGUGAGCAGAAUAUGGAGAACAUUGAACACAGUAGUUGCAAUUUUAUUCAGUGAUCAAGUGUGGAUGAAUUAACUAUUCUUAGUAAUACAAUGAUCCAAGACAAUUCUGAAGGACCCUGGAUAAAAAAUGCUACUUCCAAAGAAAACUGAUGGAGUCUGAAUGCAGAUCAAAGUCUUCCUUGAUUAGAUUUGCUUUUGUCGGGUCUUGGAAUGCAGGGGGGAAAAGAAUGGCUCAAAUUCUCUUGAACUGGAGACUCAAAUCAUGUUACUUCAAGAAGCAUUUCUCAAUCAGUUCUCAUUUAUAAAACACCUACUAAGGGACAAUAGACUAAGUGCUAAGGAUUAAAAAAAAAACAGAUGAAAUGAUUAUUCCCUGGAGGAGCUUUCAUUCUAAUGGUUUAAGUCAACAAGCAUUUAUUAAACAUCUGGGACCCCAAGAAAUAGUAGUCUCUGGAGAUACCAGGCAUUGAUUAAAAACAAACACCGGAAACAACUUGCAAAUACUAAAUUUCCUCAAAUCCCAGCAUGCCCACAUGUGCAUUUCCAUUUCUACUAUUAAGGUCUUAGGUCUCAGAAUGGCUGAUUAAGUCCUGCAGCAGAAGUGAGAGCCAAAAUAGGGGGCCUGUUGAGGAGCCUCUAGAAGUUUUACUUCUAUAAAUUUGAAACAUAGGAAUGAGAAAACAAUGGCUGAGGCACUUCCCAGAUACAGCUCAUAGCCUGCUAAAAGGUCUAGCUCAGAAAUUUCCUUACUUCAAUCUGUGGUGCUCCUGAAAGGCUUCUGGGGUCAACAUGAGUUGUAGGUGCUGAUUAAGCAACAAAUCUGGACUCAGAGCCAUAAACAAGUCCAGUCUCGAAGCUACACAGGACAAGAGAGUUUCCAACAAAGCAAUCUGGUUUUCCCACAGGUUCUAAAUAUGCUUCAAGGAGAAGAUGCCCACAAAGGCAUGCCAAACCUCAACAGCAUCAUCGUAGCGUCAGGCUGGCUCCAGAGCUCCCUCCUGAAUUUCACAGGUUGGGUUUUCCAUAUGAUAUCUCAGAAAUGAGGCAAGUCUAAGCAGGGGCUUUCUAAAGGUAUCAGAAACAGAUGCAAGCUUCAAUCUUCUGACAGUGAUAGCAUUUACAAGACUUUUCUCCAGCAAGACUUGUUUUCUGGUAAAAAGCAAGGGGAAUGUUGGCUCUACCGUUUCCCCAUCAAUUAUUGGGAAGACUACUACAAAUGAUCUCAUGUAACCUUGUGCUCUAGGCCUUUCCAUCUCCUUUCCCUUUGAGAUUUGAUUGAUUAAUUUUUUUUCUUUAUGCCAAAAGGAGAUAAACAACUUUCUCCUUCCAGACUGAAUCCUUUUGGUGACUGACAAACAAAGGAAACCAAAUCAGAGACAGUGAAUGCAAUCUCAUGGGCACAUCUGCCAGUGGAGGUAACCUACCCUGGGAGUCAAGUCUUCUGAUUCUCUGGGGAAGAGGGAGGCCUGUGACAACCACUGUUUGAUACAAUUGCUCAGAGAUCUACUUGUGUCAGUCUUCCUAUUGACACUACUGGAAUCACUGAGUAUGAAUAAUAUAGACUGUAUGUGGUUCUACUGGCUCCAUCGAUUUCUUGCUAGAUGGGUACAAUGAGCAAAAAUUGGACCUCCACCCUUUUUGAAUGGCCCUCUGCCCUUCCUAAAUCCAUGAUUUUACCCCUAGACAUUGCUAAUCAGUAUUAUCCUGUUUAAAGACAUUCCAUAAGGGGACUGAUUAUUUCUUGUGUAUUAAAAGACAUUAUUAUACAAUGAGUCAUUUAAGGAUAAUCAACUAAUCCCAAUAUGUAACAGAAUUAAGAAUAAUUAGAGUAGGUUAAAUAGAUCCUCUCUUAUAGUAGAUUUUCAACUUGUCAUUACCAUGUACUUCACUGAGCACAAGAGUGUCCUAACUAGAGGACCUCCAUCGAUGUGGCCUGAUGACUAAGUGGGCAAGGAAGACCCCCAAACCUCCAGCCUGGACGGUCUUAGUACUGUAGGAUAGAAAUGUUCUAAUGGGUUGGAAGGUCCCUGCAAAAUGUAAAAUGUCCCCUUGUUAGGAGUCUGUUGGCCAACAUUUGGGGAUUCUGUCUUCUCUGUACAUACAUUUGUACGUCUAUUACUCAACAAUAGAGGUGGAGAUCUACUAGACCUUUACUUUGUGAACCUCAAAGUGACAGUGGGACCCCCAAGGAGAUUCUGUACUUAGUACUGUCCCAUCUGAACUCUCUGGGAUUUAAAGAUUAUAAACCUUGACUCUGAACAUGAAGUGAUUUCAGAUAGUGGCCAGGUCCAUUUAAUAAAUAGUAAUUGACUCAGAGCUCUGCCUCAGUGACUUUAUAGGUUAGAUCAUUUCUGGUAUUACAUUAUGGUUACCCCAGAUAGGAUGAUGAGUUGUGGACCUUCUCUAAAUGCUCCAUCGCACUCAAGGUACUCCUCCUCCUUUAAAAAAUAGGAAGCUAGUACCCUGAUAAAUUUUCACCAUUGGCUCACCCACCAACAAAGACUUGGGUUGGUGCGACUCUCUACUAUUCCUACCCAAAUUCUCCAAGCUUAAGAUGUCUCCCCAAGGCUACGGAUUGGUGAAUUUACCUGAAAUCACUCCCCUACAACACCCCACAAAUUUAAAGGGGUAAAAGGAGGUCCAAAUUGUACUGAAAGUGACUAUUUGGGUUUAUGACUAAAUUAUUUGAAUUAACCAGCACUUACGUAAAUUGCUUGAAUUAUUAGGCCAUAUUUUCUGCUUUUAAAGGCUAGGUUGAUUUUUUUUUCCUCCUUUUUUCUUAUCAGAGCUUAGGAGGUAUAACGGAAUCAUUGCUACUGCCACUUUUUCAGCCUCCAACCAGGAAAAUCAACAAACAAAAAAAUAUUUCAAGUUUCAAACAGAUUUUUUACUUGGUAGUGGUCAGGAAUGGAAGUUUUUUUUUUUAAGAAUAUAUACAUUUUAUUGAUUAUAAUAUGAAUAAAGUCAUUUUCAGUGAUAUUAGGGUUUCUGCUUCAGAUACUGAAGACCUAUGUGGCUCAUCUGAGCCCCCCCAGUGGCCCAUUUCAGGAAUUUGAAAUUGGAGAACUUUCUAAAAUAGUUCCCUGAACCCUAAGAGUAUUCAUUAUAAACCAUACUGAUGCACUCAGUACCUCCAGAUUAGUGCACCAUCCUUCUAGUUAGAGAGGGGUAAUAAGAUAGGGGUACAAACUUCAAAAGUGGAACCUCUAAGACAUUUAGUACUCAGAAUCAUAGCCUUUGGGAAUCCAGUUGUCUCAGAAAAACUUCUGAAGUUGCCCUCUCCUAGGUAGGGAUGUCCACAGGAUGGAGGGUGUUAGGAUCACAUGUUAAAAGGAUUCAGAGAAAUUGUUUUGGCUACAAUUUGAAAUUUGUUACUAUUCUACCCUUGGAAAAUGAUUGGCUUUUAUUGGCUUCCAACCUUCUUGCCCUGUUAUCCCCAGGCCUAUAAGAUGAGCAAGGCAGAAGAAUGAGAACAGCCUACAGCUCCCUAAAACACCUGCAUAAGUAAAAUUUGGCCUUACCUGAGCCAUUCUAUUCUUUGGGUUAAUCCAAGUUAGCAGGUGCUUCCAAGCAUUUGUUUUCAGUGUGUGCUUUUUCGCUUUGGUCUGAUCACCUGGAGAGAAAUGAUUAAAUAAAGCAAACCUUUUUAAAACA